GGCGCUGGUCCGAACCCAGCAUCAGUAUUUAUUCACACAUCAACAAGUGAACGCCUCGUCUUUUAUUUAUUUGGAUCCGAAAUUUUUUGUGUUCAUCACACUCCAAACAACCAAAAUGUUCAAGUACGUUGCUCUGUUGUCCCUCGCCGCCAUCUGCUUGGCUGACGACCCCUACAACUCACCGGCCUACAAGCCUGCAGCCUACAAAGAACCCUCCUACGAUGACCCGCCAAAGUACAGCUUUGACUGGCUCGUCAAGGACGACUACUCCUACAACAACUAUGGACAGACUGAGAGCCGCGACGGCUACAACACCGACGGCUCCUACUUCGUGGUGUUGCCCGACGGCAGGACCCAGACCGUGAAAUACUACGUCAACGGAGACUCCGGCUACUUGGCUGAGGUCACCUACUCCGGAGAGCCCAAAUACGAAUCCUCCUACCACAAGCCUUCUUAUGCCCCAGCCCCCUACAAGGCCGAGGCCAGCUACCACAAGCCCGCCUACGUCCCAGCCCCCUACAAGCCCGAGCCGGUCUACCACAAGCCCGCCUACCAUUCCGAGCCUGCCUACGCCCCGGCCCCCUACAAGUCAGAGCCCGCCUACCACAAGCCUGCCUACAAGCCUGCCUACAAACCCGCCUACAAGCCAGCCUACAAACCCGCCUACGCCCCGGCCCCGUACCACGCUUAAGCGUUUCGUGUUGAAGUUCGUCUAGGACUUUGCGUUGCUACCAAGUGCCUUGGAAUCCUACCGUCCUCGUGAUACAGCCCUUUUUUUUUAGCUCAUUUUUUACGUUUCCGGUUUGUCUCGUCCAGCAGUCCGUUGUUCCGAUGGUAUCUAUUUAUUGCUCUCAACCUGAUGCAGGGUUACCAAUAAAGGAUGCCUGUUGCUCGCAAA